AUGGAAGCCCUUCGAAAGACUUCAAGGUUGGGAGAGGGCUUAGACAAGGUUGGGAUGGUUAGAAAGGCAAUAGAGGUUCACGAAUUGACUGCUUUCAAUAUUGAGGGCCGUUGUGAAGUGAGUAUUUUGCAGUUUGCCGACGACACAUUGCUGAUAGGUAAUGGUGAUUGGCAACAGGUUCGGUCUUUAAAGGCAUUGCUAAGAGGUUUCGAAUUGAUUUCGGGGCUGGGAGUUAACUUUCACAAGAGUCGCCUUAUCGGAAUUAAUUUGAAUCACCAUUUUGUAUAUGCAGCGCCUAACUUUUUGAACUGCAAGGUGCAAUCUAACUCUUUUGAAUUCUUAGGCUUUCACUUGGGAGUCAAUCACAGAUUUGUUUCUUGGUGGGAGCCACUGCUGAAGAAAUUGAAGGAUCGGCUAGGUUCAUGGAGAGGCAGGAUUCUUUCUUUGGUAGAACGAAUUUCUUUAAUAAAAUAUGUGCUUUCUAGUCUCGCUAUAUUUUAG